AUGGCGAAACUGAAGAUAGCAGGAUCAUGGUCCGGCGUAUUAGAAGAAGUCGAUUUGGCGAAUUGGACCAUAUCUUCGUUACGCGAAGAAGUUGCCAAGCGAUCCAAUUGCCAAAACCCUCACUUCAUCAACUUCAUAUGCGCCGGUAGAAUUCUCAAGGACGAUAACGGAACCCUAACGUUAACUCAAUUGGGCGUUAAGAAUAACUCCAAGAUUCUCGCUACUCUCUCUUCUCCUCAGCAGGGUCAGUCCCUUGUUGUCGAGGAACAGAGCUCUCACAGGCUUGCACGUAUCAGGGCAGCUGCAACUGCAUUGGCUGAAAGACACGCAGAUGGUUCAUUGCCAGUUGAAGACUUUAACAUAGAAGUUGAAGAUCAAAAUGGACAGAAAGUAAGCUUAGGAUCAGAGCUUGAUCAGAGGGCAGUGAUGAUGGGACUGAUGCUUCAUGCAAAGGGGAAGCGUCUUAUCAAAGGGGGUAAUUACAAAGAUGCACUUGAAGUGCUUACUAUGGGAGAGGAGGCAUUCUCUAUUUGCGAUCCAAAAGUCAUUGAGCUUAUUGACAAUGUUCCAAUAUUGCAAAUUGACAUGGUAUGGUGCUACUUUAUGCUACGAGACAUUAGAUGGCUAUCAGAUGCUGGGAAGCGCCUUGAAAUGGCUAGGGUAGGAAUUGGACGUGCUCAUGGGAAGGAUUCUCUCCGCCUUAGACUCUUACAAGGUGGUCGCUAUCCAGAACUUGCAUUGCAUUUGAGACUAGAGCUUCUUGAAGGGGUGGUGGCAUUUCAUACUGGCCAGUUGGAAAAAUCAAAGCAAGCAUUAGCUUCUGCAAGGGCAAAGUUUGUUCAGCUGCAAGUGCCAGAUGAAGCAUUAUCACUUGUUAUGAGCAUGGGCUACAAUGAACGUAAUGCAAAGAGAGCAUUGCGAAUGAAUAAUCAAGAUGUUGGGGGUGCCAUUGAUUUUCUUGUUGAGGAGAAGGAAAAGAAAAUGCAAAAAAGGGAGGAAGAUUUAAAAAGAAGAAAUGAAAUUUGGGAGCAAAAGAAGUUUGGCGUGACCCCCUUAAAAAAGGCCGUGGAUUUGGAGAGACUGAAGGAAUUGGUCACUAUUGGGUUUGAAAAGGAGCUCGCUGCUGAAGCCCUUAGAAGAAAUGAAAACGAUACUCAGAAAGCAUUGGAUGAUUUGACGAAUCCAGAAACCAAUUCUGAUUUACAGGAUAAUAUCGAGACAAGGAAAAGGAAAAGACAGAAACAAGCAAAAGAUUCUGCAAUUGAAAGAGUUGUGCAAAUGGGGUUUCAAAGAUCAAGAGUGCUUGCUGCUUUUGAGGAAGAUGACAAGUUAGACAAAGUAUUGCAAAGACUGACAGCACAACCUGCGGUGGAGAAUAUGCAACCUCAAGGGAAUUCAACUGCUGCUUCCCAUGACAAUGCAAGUUCAUCUAACCCUUUACCAGACGAUGUUAGUUCUGAUAUUUUAGACCUAAUGAAUGAGGUUGAAGAUGACAAUAAAGCUGCAGAAAGGGACGUGGAGAUGGAAGAUGAGCUCUCUGCAGAUAUAGCUAAUGGUGAUGCCUUCACUGAUUAUGACAUUGAAGUUAAUAUAGAAGGGGAAGCCAUAACUGAGUACCUGUCUAUGGUCGAGUCAGCAGGCAUUACUUCCAAAUAA